CAUUAAAAGCUAUUUUUGACAGUGCAAGUUUACUCUCUGUUUGUCUUCAACAGCUGACAAAUAAAAUGAUGACAGACCAAGCCCAAUAAACAUAAACAAAUUCCUUUUCUCAAUCCAUAACAUGGAUUACGAUCAAUAUUAUGUGUAAAAAUCAAUAGCUCGGAUUCCGAUUCCUUACUGAACGUACGUUAUUUAACCAAGCAAGAAUCAUGUUACUGAAAAGAAAUAUAUUAGAAGAAUUAACUAUCAUAUCGUGUGGCGGCGCACUUAUUUGUAUAAUACUUAAUUAUGUCACAAAUAUUUCUCCUAUAACCGGAAUAUGGUUUCAUUUGUAUUUAAUUACAGUCUUCGUGAUUUCCGUGCUAUUUAGCUUCAAAUUUAUUCAGUGGCUGUUACAUCUGAACAAACCAAUUAAAUAUGAUAUUGAGGGAUUGGUUAAAAAGUAUCCGUCACUUUCUUUUCUACCCGGAAUUUUGCCUCGCACUGAAAGAAAGAUAUGUAAAGAACCGAAAGAAUAUGAUAUAAACGAACUCAGUAUUAUAUCUACAGUGUUGGAAAGGAAAUUGGUUUCGUCAUGGUACAUGACAUAUAUUUCGCCUGAAAUCGGCUUUCCUUUUGCUUGUAAACAAAUGUUGGAUCAAAUGAUUACCAAGACGUUUCAGAUAUGUGAAAAAAUUGAUACUAAAGAUGUUUAUGUUGACAUCUGUGCAGUACUAACAAGCCAUUUAAAAGAGUAUAACAAAGCAUUGAAGAGACAUGAGGAGUCACCAACCAACUCUGUGGAGUCAUUGUACAAGAAAACUCACCCUAUAUCCAAUCCAUCUAAUGAAAAGAAGUAUGAAUCAGCUGAUCAUUGUGUAAAUUUGCUCCGUGUUGUAUUAAAGGAACUUAUUCCAUGGGAAUUAUGGGAUACCCCACAAUCAGAAAUCCUUGUUAGAGUGUUAUCUAAAAAACUAGACAAUUUUAUUGAUAGUACAUUAGCUGAUCCAAUAUGGUUGAAUGAUAAGUUGCUAUCAAUAAUAAAGGUCAACAAAAAUGAAGAAAAACUUGAACCUCUGGUACAAGAAGAAUCUAAAGAAACAGAAAUUAUUACUACUGAAGAAAUAUACACAGAAAUCAAUCCGUUAUUCUCUAAUGUAGAGCCUACUUCAUUAAAUAUAGAUCCAGUUCCAACUAAAAAAUGUGUGGAAGAAGGAAAAGAAGAGUUUCAAGAGAGAAUGGAGAGUAUCAUAGAAGAGAAAGCAGUUCAGAGUACAGAGCCAAUGGACAUCAAAGCAUCUCCAAUACUUAGACAGAGACGGGGUCGUCAGGGCAAGAAUGAAGUUAAGAUUUAUGAUAGAGUUAUUGAAGGAAGCAUGAAGACUUGGGAGACAGAUAUGGACCUGCAGUGUAUCAGCCUGGGACAGGAUCUACUGGCCAGUUUGGACGGGGAGAUCACCCUCAGCAGGCUGUGGGGCCAGGAUGUGGACCCUGAUGGUAGCCCCAACCCACCAAGAGCUAAAUCACCUCAGCCUUUUUGGUUUGGUGAAGAAGAUGCAAUAGAGUUAGAGUGUGGUGACAACAGCCCUCAGAAAGCGAGCGAGCCGAGUCCCGUAAAGAAGGAAAGCAGCCCCAAGCCGGCAGAACUCCUCAAGGACAUCCAGAGCACGGUCCACCACGCCAAGUCCAAGAUAGGAGACCUACAGGUCCCAUACACACACAUAGAUGUGCCCCGCAAGCAUUCCAGUGACGAGGCGGCCGGCAUGAUGGAGGGACUUUUGGACUUCGGCAUCGCAGGUAUCAAGAAAGGUCUGCGCUUCACCGGACUCAGUGAUGACUCACAAGAGAAAUCUCCAUCGCAUCAGGUCAAGGAUAAGGCAUCUGAGAAGAUCUCUCCCCCGCAGGAUAUAGUUAGGAAACCUAUACAGGAGCACAGGGAUAUUGCCACCACGUCUGGACACAAUGAAAAUGGUGCCGUCCCACAUUUGGUGAAGCAACAUCGAGUGACAUCACAGGACAGCAUGGUGUCGCAGGGUAGACGAGCGGGCAGCUGGCCCCCACAGGAGACUGGGGGGGAGUCCCCGGAGCCCGAGUACGAGGAGGCGGCCGACCUGUCCACCAGCAUCGCCAAGUUGCGGUGUCUGCUGCAGCAGCGCGCUGAGACCUCGCAGUACAGAUCUGAAGAGAUCUGGUGGGAGGGCGCGGAGGAGACUCGCGGCAGGACGCAGCAGCAUCACUCCUCGCGUCCUGUCGACACCGCCACCCUCGCCGAUGAGUACGACAUGAACAUGGAGAGAAAUUCCUCACCGGGACAAACGUCUAACAACAUGCAGCGCUUAGACAAGUUGUUCCAACGUACAGUGACGGGCGUGUUCAACUCUAUAAAGACGGCUGUGGGCGCGGAGGGCGCAGAGGGAGCUGAAGGCGAGGGCGCGCCUCGGCCCCGAGACUGGCACUAUAUAUGCACCUCGCCGGACCUCAGCGUGGGGGGUGCUGUGGCGAGGCUGGUGGGGGCGCGGCGGGCGCUGGGCCACGUGGACUCAGCGCUGGACCCCCUGCAGCCCCCCGCCACUCCGCCCUCGCCCGAAGUGCCGCCCGCCGACUUCGAGGAGUGGUGCAGCAGCGCGGGCGCGGGGUGGAGCGGCGCGUGCGCAGUGGCGGGCGCGGCGGGCCUGUGUCGCUCACACGUCGCCUUCCGCCUCGCCACGCUACUCUUUGCUGACCUAGCGGAAUCUCUGCUGGCGUCGUGGCUGGACGAGCUAAGCGCGUGGCUGCGGCAGCAGGUGUUCGUAGUGUUCCAGCAGCUGUCCGGUGAGGAGCUGGACCUCACCAGCAAGGGUGGUCAGCUGCGCCCCUUUGAUGUUGAAGAGACGUGUGCCGCUAUCGUGGCGGUUAUCCCCGAGGUGUACGUGUUCAGCGAGGAGUCUAUCUCAGCUGCAGUACGUCUCUCGGUGUCCAGUCUACGUCACAAGGACCUCAACAAGGACCUGAUCUUCCGCGCCCUGGACCUCAUGGUGGCGCGCUUCAAGCACUCCGCCGGCAUCACCUCCAGCUCCUUCGAUGCCAACUAAUAUUACUGAUUUUUUUAUACAUGAUGUU